AUGUCGAAACGACCCGCGGAGGAAGACGAGAAUGGGGGUGUUUCUCUGAAGGGUGGUGAGCGCCAGGAAAAGUCGGCUUUGGACAACGAAGUCGGCGAGUUCGAGGAUGAGUUCGAGGACGAGUACGAGAGUGAGGAUGAGAUUCUGGAGGCUGGAGUUGACGGCAGACCGGAUGAUGAGAGAGAGGCCGAGGAGAAAGCUGAGGCUAUGGAUGUGGACCAGCAGACGUUCAUCGUUGGCAGAAAUAAGCUGGAACCAGGACAGUUCCUGGAGCCGGAUCUUUCCACGUACGAGAUGAUACACGCAUUGAGUACGCCGUGGCCGUGCCUUUCCUUUGAUAUUAUCAAAGACAACUUGGGGGACAACCGGAAAACAUACCCCGCUACGAUGUACGCAGUUGCGGGAACACAAGCUGAGGGCAGACGGUCGAAGGAGAAUCAGUUGAUGGUCAUGAAAUUCAGCGGUCUGAGCAGAAUGGAGCGGAAUCAAGAGGAUUCGGACUCGGAUGACGACGAGGACGAAGAUGCUGAUCCUAUACUCGAGUCUGCUUCAAUUCCCUUUACUUCUGCCACGAACCGUAUCCGCGCCCACCAAAUACCAGCCUCCAAUUCCUCGAAACCUCCGACGACUUUGACUGCCUCUAUGACUGAAGCCGGCCAAGUUUUGAUCCACGAUGUUACCCCUCAUCUCGCCUCCUUCGAUACCCCUGGAAUGAUCAUUACCCCGCAACAAAACAAACCCCUUUCCACUCUGAAGAUGCACAAGUCAGAAGGAUACGGUAUCGCUUGGUCUCCUCUCUUCUCCACUGGAAAACUUAUUACGGGUGACAACGAUGGCAAGAUCUACGUUACCACAAGAUCCGAUGGAGAGCGCUGGGAGACCGACUCGCGUCCCUUCACUGGCCAUACUGGUAGUGUCGAGGAGCUGCAAUGGAGUCCUUCUGAACGCAACGUCUUUGCUUCUGCAUCAAGUGACGGCACCAUCAAAGUCUGGGAUAUACGGAGCAAGAGCAAGACCGCAGCCUUGAGCGUUCAAAUCAGUGACACGGAUGUCAACGUCAUGUCCUGGUCUCGUCAGACAUCGCAUCUGCUCGCCUCCGGCGCCGACGAUGGAGUCUGGGCAGUCUGGGACCUGCGUCAAUGGAAGCCUAAUACUUCAGCCUCGUCUCCCAAGCCGACCCCAGUGGCGAGCUUUGACUUCCAUAAGGAGCAGAUUACCAGCGUGGAGUGGCAUCCUACGGACGACAGUAUUGUGGCUGUCGCUGCGGGCGAUGACACUUUGACACUGUGGGACCUGGCGGUAGAGCUUGAUGAUGAAGAGAGUAAGGAUACGGGUGGCGUGACGGAAGUUCCUCCUCAGCUGCUCUUCGUUCACUAUAUGGAGAAAGUCAAGGAGCUGCAUUUUCAUCCCCAGAUACCCGGAUGCUUAGUGGGUACUGGCGAGUCUUUUAACAUCUUCAAGACAAUCAGUGUUUAA